AUGGACGGAGGCAUGGCGUUUGUGCUGCCCAGCGGCCACAUCCAGGCCAAGCCAGCCCCCGCCAUCGCGGAGAUCGCCGGGCCCUCCAGGGCAGCUGGCGGCCUGUCCCUCGCGGGCACCGCGAGCGCGGGCUGCGCCCUGGCCUUCGCCGCGCGCGCCGUGGGCCGCGGCCGCCGCGCGGUGGGCCGAAAGGCGCGGAAGGUGGCGCUGAAGGCGUCCACCGUGGACCAGCUGAAGCAGGUGGGUGGCAAGGAGGGCAGCAUCCCGCUGGACAGGUACCGCAACAUCGGUAUCAUGGCGCACAUCGACGCGGGUAAGACGACCACCACUGAGCGCAUCCUUUAUUACACCGGCCGCGAGACGAGAAUUGGCGAGGUGCACGAGGGCCAGGCGACCAUGGACUGGAUGGAGCAGGAGCAGGAGCGCGGCAUUACGAUCACCAGCGCCGCCACCACGGCGUUCUGGAACGACCACCGGGUGAACAUCGUGGACACCCCAGGCCACGUGGACUUCACCCUGGAGGUGGAGCGAUCCCUGCGGGUCCUCGACGGCGCCGUGGCGGUCUUCGACGGAGUCGCUGGCGUGGAGCCGCAGACGGAGACCGUCUGGCGCCAGGCUGACAAGUACAAGGUGCCGCGCAUGUGCUUCGUCAACAAGAUGGACCGCGAGGGUGCGGACUUCUACAAGGAUGUGCAGAUGAUGGUGGACCAGUUGGGCACAAACCCUGUGCCCAUCCAGCUUCCCAUUGGCAAGGCGGGGACGUUUAAGGGCGUCUAUGAUCUCGUCGAAAUGAAGUCCUACAUCUGGACCGGUGAGGAACUUGGCGCCAACUACGACGUCACGGACGACAUCCCGGAGGGCAUGGAGGAAGAUGUGGAGAAGUGGCGCGAGAACCUCAUCGAGAAGGCGGUCGAGCAGGACGAGGAGGUCCUGGAGGCCUACUUGGAGAGCGGGGAGUCCCCCAGCACCGAGCAGAUCAAGGAGUGCCUCCGCAAGGGGACCUUGUCCUUCAGCCUGGUGCCGGUUCUCUGUGGCUCCGCCUUCAAGAACAAGGGGGUGCAGCCACUGCUGGACGCGGUUUGCACCUACUUGCCGUCGCCGCUGGAUGUGCCGCCCACCAAGGGCAAAAACCCCAAGGAUGAGGAGGAGGAGAUGGUCCGAAAGGCCUCAGUGGACGAGAAGCUGUCUGGGUUGGCCUUCAAGGUUGCGGCGGACCCCUACAUCGGCACGCUGACCUUCUACCGCAUCUACUCGGGCAAGGUGAAGUCAGGCGACAUGGUGUGGAACCCCAGGACCAAGUCCAAGGAGCGCUUGGGCCGCAUGGUCUUGAUGCACUCCAACAAGCGCGAGGAGAUCAAGGAGGCCGGGGCCGGAGACAUCAUCGCCAUCGUGGGCCUGAAAGACACCACCACAGGCGACACCCUGUGCGCCAUUGACGCCCCCAUCGUGCUGGAGAAGAUGGACUUCCCGGAGCCCGUGAUCAAGGUGUCUUGCGAGCCAGACUCCCAAAAGGAUGCGGACAAGCUAGGGGAGGCCCUGGCGAAGCUGGCGGCGGAGGAUCCUUCGUUCCGCUUUAGCCGUGACGAAGAGUCAAAUCAGACCGUCAUCGAGGGCAUGGGCGAGUUGCACCUGGAGAUCAUCGUGGACCGCCUGAAGCGCGAGUUCAAGGUCGGCGCCAACAUUGGCAAGCCUCAGGUGGCCUACCGUGAGACGAUCACGGAGCCGAUUGAGCUGUGGUACACCCACAAAAAGCAGUCCGGUGGCUCCGGACAGUAUGCGAAGCUCUGCAUGGUCUUCGAGCCCAACGGCGGCAAUGGCUACGAGUUCACCAACGAGAUCAUUGGCGGAGCCGUGCCCAAGGAGUACAUUCCAGGCGUGAUGAAGGGCACCGAGAAUGAGCUGCAGAACGGCAUCCGCAUGGGCUUCCCGGUGGUGGACGUCAAGGCCACGCUGAAGGACGGCGGCUUCCACCCCGUGGACUCCUCCGCCAUCGCCUUCGAGAUCGCCGCGCGGGCCGCCUUCAAGGAGGGUGCCAAUCAGGCGAAGCCCAUCGUGUUGGAGCCGGUGAUGAAAGUGGAGGUCAUCACUCCGGAGGAGUACAUGGGCAACGUCAUCGGCGACCUCAACAGCCGCCGCGGCAUCAUCCAAAACCUGGCCACGCGCGGCAACCUGCACGUGGUGAACGCCUCCGUGCCCUUGGCCGAGAUGUUCAGCUACAUCGCGGAGCUGCGGAACAUCUCCAAGGGCCGGGCCAACUACAGCAUGGAGUUCGAGCAGCUGGGUCACGAUGUGAGCCUGGCGGCCGCUCGUGUGCUGCGCACGCUUGCAGAUUUCGAGCCCUUCACAGCUUUUAAGAAGGCUCAAAAGACCGCCGCGGUGCUGGUGGCCUUUGGGCUGCUGCUGGCCGCGCUGGUCUCGUAUCCCUUCUUCGAGGACAAGAGUACUGGGCAAGGUAUUUUCUAUCAUGACCUCUGGAGAGAACUGGGUGGCAAAGCCCUGCUCGUCAUGGGCCUGCUUGCAGGCAGCGUGGUGGGGCUGCUGCUGGUGCCUGUGGUGGUUUACUUCGGAGCAGAUGUGGCGCGGAUGCUCUACGAGAAGAUCACAGGUGCAGAGUUUGGAGCGGAGUUCAUUGCCGGGACGAUGCAGGGCAUGGCCUUGAGCUACCUGGUGACCUCCAUCGCCUCCGCACUCUGGACCGCGGUGGGGAUGCUGCUGUUCAUGCAAACGAAAGACCUAGAGUUUGCGCGCGGCUUCAUGUUCCUGAGCUGCGCUGCCGUGUUCUCGAGCGUCGGGACGCUGUCGUACUAUUAUAGCAAGCUGGCCCCGGAGGAUGCUCCUGCUGUGGAGGGCGAGGAGGAACCCAUCGCGGAGCGCAAGAGCAGCUAUGGCUCCAAUGCCUCCAAUGCACGCUCGGAGAAAUCUGGCGGCGGAUGGUUCGGCCUGGGCGGAGGCGGCAAGCGUGACUCUGGCAGCGCAGCGGAUGAGGCGCUGCAGAUUUCCAUCGGCAGCUCCGAGCAAGCGAAGCUAUCGCUUGCUCUCCCAAGAGUCGCCGCCAUGCCGACUUACGAUGUGGAGGGCGUCCCGGUGGAGUUCCCCUACGAGGCGUACGAGUGCCAGCUGGACUACAUGCGGGCCGUGGUGCGGUGUCUGGAGGGUUCUCAGAAUGCCCUGCUCGAGUCGCCCACUGGCACUGGCAAAACGCUUUGCCUGCUUUGCGCAAGCUUGGGUUGGCGGCGGCACCGACAGCAGGAGCGGUGGAUGCAGCCCGCACCAGCUGGGAAGCGCAGGGCGGCCCAAGCGCCGCCCACGUGCCGAAGAUUUUCUACUCCUCCAGGACCACAGGUCAUGAAGGAGUUGAAGCAGACCAGCUACAAGCCCUGGAGCGUGAUGCUUGGUUCGCGGCAGCACUUCUGCCUGCAUAGCUCCGUGAUGCGGCACACUGGCGCGCGGCAGAACGCCAUGUGCCGGCGCGUCGUGGACGAUCAUCGCUGCCCCUUCCACACAGGCUUCCGCAAAUGUGGCAGCAAGGUCUCUACGGCGCUCAAAGACAUCGAGGAGAUCGUCGAGAGCUGCCGCGAGGCCACGGUCUGCCCCUACUUCAAGGUGCGGGAGGAUGCCAAAGAGGCGGAGCUUCUGUUGCUGCCGUACGACUACCUCAUCAGCGCGCAAACCAGAGACAGCCUGCAGGUAUCCUUGAAGAAUAGCAUCCUCAUCUUCGACGAGGGCCACAACAUCGAGAAGCGGUCCUGUGAAGAGAACGCCUCCUUCGAGCUCACCCAGGCAGACAUCGCUGGUGCCAUUGCCGAGCUCGAGGACGCCUUUGAGCUGGUGGAGCAGGGCCAAGUGGAGGAGGAGGUCUUGAAGGACAUGCCUUGCGACGUCUUCCUGAAACACUUAAACCUGGUGAAGAAGCACCUCUUCGCGCUGGAGGACGCCAUCUCGGCAGAGAAGCUAGAGAAGGACGGUCAGCUGCAGCGGCUGUUGUGCAAGGGCCCCGGCAGCCGCAUCCUGACGUUGCUGGCCAAAGGGGGCGACCGGGGCAUUGCCACGGAGAAGGAGGAUCUCAAGCACAUCACCCAGCUUGUCCGCAGGGCGUCAGACGUUCUCACCCACGGCCAAGAGACGGCCAACUCAGGCGGCCAGUACUUGGAGAAGAUUCAAAGUCUGCUUCUGACGGCCUUCCAGCAUGACAAGGAGGAGCUCGAUAAGAAUUACCAGCUUCUCAUCUACGAGGAAGAGCCCGAGAAGAAAGGCACCAAGCGCAAGGCGGUGGAUUUCUUCACCGCCGACGGCACCCGCCCGGAUGGCAACACCCCGCGGCGGCUCUGCUUGUGGUGCUUCUCCUGCUCGGUGGCCAUGAGGGAGCUCUUGAAGCACGAGGUGCACUCCGUGAUCGUGACCUCAGGAACUUUGUCGCCCAUCAGCAGCACCGCCGAGGCAUUUGGAGUGCCGUUUCCCGUGGUGCUGGAGAACUCUCACGUCAUAGAUCCUCGCAAGCAGCUCUUCGGUGCGCUCUUGGCCAAAGGCCCCACGGAGGUGAGCUUGGAUGCCAGCUACAGCCGCCGCAACGACCUUGCUUACAUCAAGGAGCUGGGCGCCACGGUGCAGCGGUUAGCCAGCGCGAGCCCUGAGGGCAUGCUCUUGGCCUUCUCCUCCUACGGCAUGAAGGACAGCGUGCUGGAGGCCUGGCGCCAGCAUGGCAUCCUGGAGGAGAUCUCCCGGGAGAAGCCAAUCUUCGAAGAGCCCAAGGGCAGCAACGAGACGAAGCAGGUGAUGGAGCAAUACAACAAGGCCCUUGACAGAGGCGGGCCCGGCGCCAUCCUGGCAGCGGUGUGCCGAGGCAAGCUGUGUGAAGGCAUCGACUUCACAGACAAGCAGUGCCGAAUGGUAGUGAUGGUUGGGAUUCCCUACCCGGCGAAGAAUGAUUUGCGUGUCAUCCUCAAGCAGGAUUUCUUGGACUGCCAUCUGCAGGGCUCCGGGAUUUUGUGGUACCAACGGGAGGCGAUGCGUGCGGUGAACCAGACAUUGGGGCGGGUCAUCCGUCAUCGGCAGGACUACGGCGCCGCGGUGCUCUGCGACGCUCGCUUCGGGGGCCGCAUGGGCGGUUUGUCCUCCUGGCUGCGGCCGCAGGUGUCCCUGAUGGCGAUGGAUGCAGCGGUGCAGGCCUGCCGCCGCUUCUUCGGUCUGGCAGAAGCCGCGCCGAGGGCGGAAGCGGCGGAACCGAGGGCUGGCGAGCGCGGCGCCGCUCCAGGUGCCAACGAGGCAGCGGCUCCCGCUCCAGCCGCUGCCAAGAACGCUUCAAAGGCUCUCAACCUUGCCAGAGAGCUGUGGCGGGGAGCGCAGUCCUUUCGUGAGGAUCUGCGGUGCGGAGCCACGCCGCAAUCGCAGCUCGCACCGUCGCAGCCUUCCGCGCAGGCGCCGCGCAAGAAGAAGCCAUUGGAGUUCAAACGAACCGCAUUUCAGCCAGCGAGACCUGUGGAGGAGGAGCAGUGGCUGGAGAGCGCAGAGAAGCUCCUCCCAAGAAUGGACAUGGCUGACCUGCGCAAGAGCCUGUCCAUCGUGCGGAGGAAUUCCAGCGAUGCCGUGGAUGGAAGUGCGCAGGCCAUGUCCGCUGUGAUGGAGGCGCUGCGCGAGUGCGCGAGCUGCCUUCAGCCGGCCUGGUGCUAUGACACGCCGGAAGAGGAGCGAGGCGGCGCCAAGCACUGGUGCAGAGCCUGGGCCCGCAGCUGCCGAAGCUGCUGCAGGGCAUGUGGCGCACCUCCGUGGAGGAGGUCCGGGCGAGCCAGCUGA